AUGGAGGUGUCGCGGCAGGCCAAGUGCGUGAGCAGAGAGAUUCCCCUGUACGCGUUAGUAGCAGGCUCGUAUCGAGUCGUGGGCGCGGAGGACGGAGAUGCGGAGCCGCCUUUCAAAGUACACUUGCAGCUGACCUCUCCCGAGGGGAAGCAGCUGCACUAUGGGGAGCGGCAGACAGAGGGGCACUUUGGAGGCACCGAGAGGGAUAUACCAGCAACAGGGAGCGCGCGUGCAGGGCGCAGCAAAGGGAGGGAGAAGAGGAAGGUGGAUGUGGCAUGGCGUGUGGGCAAGUCAAAAGACGCCCACCUGUCGGAAGCACCCAGGAAGGAGCAGGUCGAUACCUUUGACUCGGAGCUCCAAAAUCUGGAGAGCAUGGCUGCCUCUGUGGCGGAUGAGCUUGAAUUCUUCCACGAGAGGGAGCUGGAGCUGCAGCGAGUGGUCAACGCAACGCACUUUAGAAUAACAUGCAUGAGUCUCGCUUCUCUUCUCGUCUGCAUCUCCCUCACAGCCCUUCAAUUCUGGCACCUGAAAUCAUUUUUCCACCACAAAAAACUUUUGUAA